AUGAGCGCUACUUGUAGAAUCAAUCGUUUUGGUGAUAUUGAUACUUCCAAUAACAGACGUGCGCCUGUUUCUGAUUAUCGUAGUGAAAAACUUGUUUCUAUUGAAAAAGCGCUAGAACCUAUCGUACCGUACAUUGAUCAACUGCCACUUCACAUUAAAAAUGCUAAACAACGCUGUCAUUUUCCAUCAGAACAUGGACUAACAAAAGAUCAGUCAGCUGCUAUCUACAUUUAUACGAUGGAAUGGGAUGGUACUACAUUGUAUCGUGUAUUAAAUAAUGUAUUGAGAUCAGAAAAUGAAGUAGCAUUAAAGAUGUGGUUUCCAUAUUUGCAACUAUUUAAUACAGCAUUGGAUAAGUUGCCUACUGUCAAACAAGCAGUAUGGAGAGGUGUACCUCUUGAUAUUGGUAAGAAUUUCACCAAAGAUCAAACUGUAACGUGGUGGAGUGUUAAUUCAUGUUCAUUAUCACCGAAAGUUAUUAAAAAUUUUCUUGACAAAAGUCAGAACUCAACUCUAUUUUUAAUUGAAGCUAUUAAUGGAAAAAAGGUUUCUGGAUAUACAGCAUAUGAAAAUGAAGAUGAAGUCAUUUUACGAAUCGGUACCAAAUUUCGUGUACAAGGCGAUCCAUUGUUUCAAUCAAAUGGUUCAUACAUUGUGCAUUUAAUUACAGUUGAUGGUAACAAUGAUCAAACAACAGCAUCAAAUAAUACUGAUACAAGUCGUAAGCUAUUUGUACUUUGUCUCUAUUAA